AUGGAGACGGACAUGACCUAUGACCUGAAGCCAACAAUGAUGGAAGUGACCAUGCAGCCCGCGGACGCCCAUGAGGCGCCUCUACGCAACCCUUCUCCGGGCGACUCAAAAGAAGACCUCGAGCAAGACGAUGACUUCGACGACGGCGUCUCCGACGGCGCUCGCGCCUACCACGACAUGAUGGCCGAGUUCAGCGACAGCGACAGCGAGGAUGAGGAAGAGGACGAAGACAGCGGAGUCGAGGAUCGCGACUUCAUCUCCUCCGGCAUGGCACCACACUUCAAGCCCAUCACCAAGAAAGCGCGUCUUACCAACAACAUCUAUUGGUCUGAUGACGAGGAGUACAGCGACUUCGCCAUCUCUCCAACUCCCGGCUCCUUCCUCUCACCCACUACGAAGAAGAGAGUUACGCGCCGCUCGACCGACCGUCUUGCCAUCGAGCUGCAGAACCAGGCCGUAGAACGCGACGCCACCAGCAAGUCUUCAGACGCUGCAUACCUGAGCUCGCCCGUACCAUUCCGCCUUGGCUCGCCGGUCAUUCCACCCCUAGCCGGCAGCAAGCGCAAGAUGGGAGACAUCGACAACACGGAGGGAGAAGGAGAUUGGGAGGAGAAGCCCGAGCGCGAGAUCAAGAAGCUGAAGGCCAAACCUGUUAAAGUGGAGGAAAAUGCGAUGGAUUGGGCUUAA